AUGAAAUUUGGUCGAAUUAAGAGAUAAAUUAUAGUAUAAAACUCUACAAUUAUAGUAAGGAUUUUAUUAGUAUAUUUUUAGAUAGACAUGCAAAUCAAUGCUAAACCUCAAGGAAUGUUAUUCUUAUCAUAAUUUUAGUAUUAAUUAAUUAUUAUAAAUUAAAUGGGGAAUUCAAAUUAAAGGAUGUAAGAAGAGAAGUAUGAAAAUGUGAUGAAGAAAUUCAAAAUGAAAGAGUCUAUUCAUCAUAAUUAGCUAGGUAUGGUCAGAGUCUAUAAUCUAAAAGAUGAUAAUGUAAUUGAUCUACGAUUGAAUAGAAUUAUUCUAUUUUUGAAUUUCAUAAGACAGCCACAACAUCAGAGGAAGCCAAACUCAUGUUAUCGCAUUAUAAAAAUAGGAAAUGCUACAACAAUGACCAUCUUACAUAAAUAUUUUUCAUCUCUGAAUAGAAUAGCCAAAUCUUAUGUUAAGAUCAAACAUAACUAACAGUAAUAGGGGAAUUCUUUUACAAUAAUAUUUAAAAUGAAAUGAAGCUCAAUUAUUUAUCUAAAAACUACACAAAUACUGUUUAACAAUUCCCAGAAUUAAGAUUAUGGUAAAUAACACUUUAGAUUGUCGAUGCUUGUACAUUUUUAGAAAAGAAUGGAAGAUAUCACGGAGAAAUAAAAUCUAAAAAUAUUUAUUUACAUCCUGAUCAAAGUGUAAAAUUAACAGUAUUCAUUAAAUAAGAUAACAUAGGAGUACAAUUUUAUUUAUGGAAGUAUGACAGGAUAUCAGAAGGCUUUACUAGUGAAUGAUUUUUAAUAUCUAUCUCCUGAAUUAAUGAAGGAAUUAAGAGCAAAGAACCCUUAACCAAAUGUAGAUUUAGUAAAGAACGAUGUGUUUGCUUUAGGUUUAACUCUUUUGGAGUUGGCAAGUCUUAGCUCAUGUGAAUAGUAUUAUGAUUGGAUUAGCAAAGAAGUUCAUAUUGAUAGAAUCAUUAAAGCUAAUGAUCAAUUAAUAUAGAAAGGCUACUCAACUCUUUUAACUAAUUUAAUAUAUUAGAUGAUCUCUGAAGUGGAAACCAGACCAAGAUUCAGUGAUUUAAAAGAAGUGUUAUCUCAUUUUGAAAAUGAAAUCAACAACCACAUUGACUUCUAUUCCAAAUAUUAGAUGAAAUAAAACCAUCAAUUAAAUAUGUAUAACUCUGUGUACACUUAACCAUACUAGAGACCUGGAUAAUUCAAUUAAACAUAAUCGAUAUAUUUACCAAAUGGAUCCUAUUGA